AUGGUUCGAUAUCGCGACGAUGAGGAGGACCCUGCUGCAGGGAUCCUUAGAGCUGAAGACGAUCCAGAUAACGUGCCUGGAAGCCCCGAGUUACACAUUCGCUCCACGCCGGACUCCCCUACCACCGGUACGCUUCCAAUCCCCAUCUGGCUCCGGGAAUCAGCAAGUUCAUUCAGAUACAAAUGGGUACCUCUACCCGUCAGAAAAGCAGGAAGGGCAAUCGUGACCUGGGUCAAAGGUCCCGAACCCCCUCGAGUCCUGAGGAUCGAACCCAUAUUCCCGAAGAUCCAACAAGCGCCGAUCAGGCUGCUGGACAAAUAUGCGCCAAAGAAAAAGCAGCGCGUCAUCUUGCUGAUGGCCCUCUACGUGUGCUGGUUUUUGACGUGGUCGCUGAUGGUCAAACAGCACUCUACAUCGGGAUUUAUCAAAGGAUAUGGCCGGCCAACCAACUUGUGGUGCGGAGCCAGUUUCUGGAACGAGGGCAAUGGAUGUGGUCUUAAUGGGAACAUGUGUCGGCCGUUUUCGGCGGCGCAUCUGACAUUUCGAUGUCCCGCCAACUGCGAAGGCACACAUCUUUUGGAGGAACACAUGGUGGGGAACAAAUCAUUGAGAUACCAAGGGUUGGUGGUCGGUGGACCAGAUCCUCAAGACCCCGAGUCAAUGGCCGUCUAUCGAGCAGACAGCUUCAUCUGCCAGGCUGCAAUCCAUGCGGGUAUCACUACCGACGCCAACGGAGGCUGCGGCGUCGCGACUCUGGUCGGCUCGCAUACAAACUUCGCCUCGACCAAGGCCAAUGGCAUCGAAAGCACGAGCUUCCCCGGGACGUUCCCUCGUUCAUUCACCUUUCAGCACCUCUCCUCCACGCAGGCGCAAUGCCCGAAAGAUUCGCGGUGGCCUCUUUUUGUCGUCACCGCCAUUGCACUCGUGAUCUUGUCCCUCUUCACCACCUCGCCGGCCGUCUUCUUCUUCAGCACCUUCGUCAUUAUGUUUCUCCACGUCGGCCUCGUCUCUGACCCGCCGAAUACGGCCAAUGUCUACGAGGCGAUCAGCAAGCUAGUCGAGCGGAUUCUUCCCGCGUCCUUCAUCGCCAUCAUCCUGUAUCGUGUCGCGGCUGUGCCGCUCUUGACGGGGGUGACUGCCCAGAUCGAAAAGACAAUCCUGUACCUCGGAUUUUGCUUCAUUGGCGCCCUGAACAAUUACACCUUCGCCCCCCUGAUCCCCAUCGAACGGCUCACGCCGCACGAUCUAGCUCAGCCAGGCGCUCCUUUCGCCCUCGCCAUCAUUGUGACCGUCAUCCUCGCGAUCGUAAUCUCACAAGUCCAUUUCAUCCGCAUCUCGGGAAACAUGCCGAAAUACCUGGCCAUCUACGGCGCCAUGGUGGUCGCACUGGGCAUCUUGCUCGCGCUGCCGAACCUUCGCCUCCGCAUCCACCACUACAUCCUUGCCAUGCUGUUCAUGCCAGGCACCUUCACGCAGAUCCGGCCGUGUCUCGCAUACCAAGGCCUGCUGCUGGGGCUUUUCAUCAACGGCGUCGCGCGCUGGGGGUUCGCGUCCAUCAUCCAGACGCCUGCCGCGCUGGGCGAGGCCAACGGAGGCGGCAGCAACGGCUCGCCCGGGUCUUGGUGGGGGGCCAAGUCUCCCAACGUGACUGCCGUGGUUGCUCCGGACAUCUCCAACAUCACGUUCAACUGGGGUCCGUUGCCGCGCGAUUCGGGCGUCGACGGCGUCAGCAUUUUGAUCAACGACGUGGAGAGAUGGAGGGGAUACACGGAUGAAGAGCUAUACUGGGACUCGGAGGGCGUGACGUUGAAGAGGAGGCACGAACGAGGCGACUCGGCCGACGGGCUCGAGCCCGAGUUCUUCCGUUUCGCGUGGAUGAGCGGUAGCCAGACGGGCCUGUACUCCAAGGUCGGACUGUGGGAUGAGCAUGGACGGUGGCGGUCGCCCGAGGAGGGGACGACACUGGGCUCGAGCGAACAGAGUGAGGUGAAGAACUGGGACGGUGAGUUUGAUGACGUUACAGAGGAGGAGGAAGGCCUCGACGCCGACGGAAGGGUCAUCGAGCUGUAG